UGUCCUAUGUGUUCUCCAGGAAACCGGGUACAUAAACACUGUACAGAAUUGACAAGUACUUCCUGUGCCCCCUGUACCGACUCCACUUUCCUUGAUGAACCCAAUGGUCUUACGGCAUGCAUACUGUGUACAAACUGUGACCCUGGCUUUGGUUUGACGGUAAAGCAGUCAUGUAGACCUUCAUCAGACACGGUGUGUGGGACACUGGAGGGGUUCUACUGUCAUGACCCAACUAAGGAUGGUUGUAGAGCAGCCCAGAGACACAGCAGCUGUAAACCUGGUCAAUACAUCAGUGACACAGGAACAACAUCUACAGAUACUGUGUGUUCUGACUGUACUGGUGAUGCCUAUUCAGAUGGAUCAUUUACAUCCUGCCAGCCACACACACAAUGUGAUACCUUGAAGCUUCAGCAAAUUAAACCUGGAACUCAUUGGUCCGAUUCUGAAUGUGGACCACAGACCUCCCUUUCCAUAGCUGUAAUAAUAUCUGCUGUGGUGGUGUUACUAGCUUUGAUAGCAGCAGUGACGGCAGUAGCUAUUAGGAAAAAAAGAAAAGAUCCUGUAUCCGGUGAGAUUAUUUGGAGGAAUUGUACAGUUUCAUUUAUUGUUUUAAUUGCCCAGAUGAACAAGUGAGAAACAUCCAACACUGAAUCAAAUCACAUUUUAUUUGUCAUAUGUGCCAAAUACAACGGGUGUAGACUUUACUGUGAAAUGCUUGCUUACAA